AUGUCAACCGCAUCCGCCGCAGUCCCUGGCAGCCCUAAAACGCGCCGCGGCCCGCGGAAACCCCAGCCCGGCGCCUCCCGCCAGGGCCGAGGAGGAGAGGGCUCGCGGGUUCCCGGAGUCUCCCACUCCGUCUGCCUAAGCCGUGGAGACCGGGAGUGGACGCACGGCGGUGCCUGGACCCCCGGGGAGGAGGAAGAAGGGGAGAGGGAAGGGGGCUGUGGAGUCAGGUGUCGAUUUGACGCCCGCGGCCGCCGAGGGGACUCUGCCCGGGACUGGUGCCGCCUGGGGGGCGUUCAGGGAGCGUGGGGCGCCGACCGCUGCAGAUGCGGCGGCGCGCGUGGGCUCGGGCAGGCGCCCCCUUCUCCCGGGAUAGAAACGGAUAAACGGAAGCGCCUCUCCCCGAGCACGAAGGAGAGGGAGGUACCCGGGGGCAGUGACAAUGACGUGUGCUGGUGCAGAGGGGGUGGGGGUCUGCGGGCCUGGAUCUGUGGACGGGCUCCUAAUCCUCUUGUUUUCGGAACCGCUCCCAAUUCUCUCUGUCCCUCUCUGCCUUCCCCUCUACCCCUCCCCCUCCCUCCUCCACCCUCCGCUCCCCUCCCCCUUCUUCCUCAUCCCCUGCAAUCCGCGCUCGACGCGAGUUCACGCGAAGGGCUGGAUUUCCAGGCGGCUCCGCAACUUGCGCGGCGCGGUGUUAUUAUUCAUCCGAGGGUGCUGCCUCCUCAACCUUUGCCUCCUGCGCCGCUCUCCUUCCCCCGGCCGCCGCCGCCAGCAGUGCAGUCCCUCCGGCACGCAUGCUCUGGUUCACCAAGAGGGAGACUGAUUUUUUUUUUAAAUCAUGCUCAUCAUCAUCAUCACGUUCCUUAUCAUGGUUAUCAUUUCCUCCUGCCAGGCGGAGCGACCACCAGCGCCGGCUCGCCGCCUGCGCCUUCCCCAGCGAAGGCAGCAAGCAGUUCGGGCUUGGCCCGGGCGGCCGCUCCCAGGACGCUUCUUCCUGCACCUCCAGCAUCUCCCCCGCCCUCAUUCAUCUGCCUGUGUAUUAUCUCGAUCCCUUUCAUUUCAGUAGAUCCACUGCCUUUGGUUGGGCUGGCUGAAUCGCUGGGGACUGCGGCCAGUCUCUUAAAAAGGAGAACAAAAAGCCGAAGACCUUAUGUGGCCGCCGGGACAAAGCACCUUGGGAUCGGCGAGAAGGGACGCGCAGGAGCGCUGAACCCGGAACACGCGUGGCCGCUGCGGAAGGGCGUCCGCCCGGCGUGCGGAACGCUGAGGGGACUCUCAUCCUCUGUCUCGCCCCCUUUUUUUGACCCGGGGAUCCAGCCGCAUUAUACACGAGUGACCUUUUAAAUCUACGUCCACCCUUUACCUGGUAAAGCCCGUUGACAGUUGGGGGUGGGGUGGGGAGAGUGUAGGGGUGCUCUCUCCCUCUCUCCCUCCCUCCGCCUCUCCUCCCUCCCUCCCCCCUGCACUCCUCUCUCUUCCUCCCUCCCACCUCCCUCGCUCCCGCCCUCCCUGCUGCAUUUUGCAUGAGCUAUCUAGGUCAUUAGCAUUUUAGCGUAUGCAAGACUUGACAAAGCUGAUGAGGGGCCAGAUGGGCCUCGCUCUUAUGUUUUUUUUUUCUUCUUCUUCUUCCUCUCUCUCUCUCUUUCUGUCUCUCUCUCUCGUCUCUCUUCCUUUCCCCCCUCCACCACUUGGGACCUGAGCGAGAGGACUACAGCAGGCGAGUUCCAGAAGGCUGAAUCCCCAAAUCCCGGCCCCGGACCGCGGCAACUCGCCCCUGCGGCACGCCCGGCCGGUCUGCGCCGCCGCUCCGCGAUGGAGGUAAAGAGGCGGCGGCCGCGCGCCCUGCCCCGGCUACCGCUGCAUAUCCCCCGCUGCUCUCCUUGUCCCUUGCCCUCUUCUUCCUCCUCCUAGCCCCCUUCAGUUUCCUGGGCAAAGCAGAGGGCGACCUGGGUGGGUGGGUUUGCUGCGCUGGGGCGAGGUGGGGUCGAUGUUGUUUUUUCAUUGUCUGGAGCUGCAGGGGAGGCGAGGCGCGGGGAAAGGGGCGAGGGGAGCCGGGGUAAUUAACACGGGGGAGGCACCCCUCCGUCUCCCACUUCCACCCACACCCCCAUCCCUCCACCCCCUCCGCUUUGCAGGAAAAAGCCUGGAUGCGAAAGGAUGGGGGAGAACAAAGAGCCUUUGGAAGACGUCGCUGUUAUCUCAUUGUCUGUGUGAUUGGGGGAGCUGCGGCGGGGAGGAUGCUGUGGUCCCUUCCUCCGGCGCUCCCCACCCCCAUCCGUCUCCCCGCUGUCAGUGCGCACGCACACGCGCCGCUUUUCAUUUCUUUUUCCUGGUUUUCUUAUUCCAUCUUCUACCCACCCCCCUUCCUUUCUUUCACCUUUCCUUCCUUCCUUCCUUCCUCCUUUCCUUCCUCAGGAGAAAGGCCUCUCUCUCCGUGUUCACAGCGGACCUUGAUUUAAAUGUCCAUACAAUUAAGGCACGCGGUGAAUGCCAAGAAUGGGGCUGGCUGAGCACCGUGGGUCGGCGAGGGCCCGCCAAGGAAGGAGCGACCGACCGAGCCAGGCGCCCUCCGCAGACCUCCGCGCAGCGGCCGCGGGCGCGAGGGGAGGGGUCUCGAGCUCCCUCCGGCUGCCUGUCCGCACCGGAGCCCGUGGGAUGGGGAGGUGUGCAGCCUGUGACAGACAGGGGCUUAGAGAUGCAAACAGACUCAGGGAGAGAAACAGAAGCUGAUUCUGUGACAGAAGCAGAUCUGUGCAGCACAGAUGCGGUGUGCGUGGGGAGGGGGUCGCCUGGGAACGCAUUGCGGAGUGCUUGUGUGUGCAGAUUUUUCUCUGGGCUCAGGACUCAUUGUAUGUGGGUCAACACCUUCCUCCGUGACUGUGUUUUUGUUCUGAGCUGAGUUUUUCGGUUUGCCCUUUAAAAAAUAAUAAUUUGGCAUCCAGAGACUGGCAGACUGCCUCAGGGCCUGGACUGCGGAUAUAUUGUGUUCUGCUUGAGGUUUGGGGAGGAGGGCAGGCGGUUGGAAGGGAGAGGGGGAGCUGUUUUUCACCCUUUGCUGUAGAGCUGAGAGCACCUGACAAGCUUCAGGAAGUCGUUGGGCUCUGUGGACAAGAAGGAGCCGGCUCCCAGCGGGUUCACAAGCUCCAUCGGAGCUGAAAGCGUGGCCAUGGCUCUAAGGGGCACCUCACGCCCUCCCUGUAGCUGUUAUUGCAGUUUCAGGCAGAGAUCCAGGAGCUGCAGAGGAAGGGAGAGGCACAAUAACCUACAUGGACCCAAGGGAGACAUGUGUUCCUUUAAAAAUGUGAACAGAAGGGAAAACAGAAUGUGUGCAAGUGGGGGUCUGAGGAAAGACUGUUUUGAAAGAGGCUGUCAGGGAAUGGAAAGAGUUAAGCUUUUCAUCCUGAAGAACCUGCUUCCCAAAUCAGGCCUUCCUCUCAUCACUAGACCCUGAGCAGCAGCUGGUCCUAGAGACUCCCCUUGUACUGCGCUGCCACAAUCUUAUCCCAUUUCCAGCUCUGUAUUAACCACCAAGCUGCAGCGGAUGGGGCAAGACCUAAGCUCAUUAAUUUCCAGGUGGAGGAAAUGGAGGAGGGGCAGGUCCCUGCAGUAGAGGGAGGAGCAGAGAAAGGAGGCCAAGAGCUGGAUCCUUCUGCCCAGGAAGCCUGCUGCAUCCCUUCCCCCGAGCAUGGCAGAGGCCUGGCUUUGCAAGGCCAAGGCCAUAAGGGAUGCUUAGGAGAUUAAUUUGAUUCCUGACACAGUAAUCAAUGCCUAAGAGUCUCCACUGAAGCUGACUGAGGACUUCUUUCCUCUCCAAAGCUUCAGUCUAGCCUGCUAAAUAAAUUAGUAUUCAGUGAUGCCUUGGAUCAGGGCCCCUCCCUGGCCUCAGUUCCCCCAAAUAUUUAUUGAUUACCUACUAUGUGCAAUCUUUGUGUAAUUAUUACCUCUUAGGCUCUUUAUUUGACCUCCUAAGGCAGUGUUUAGAGUCAGGCAGAGGUUAAGUGUGUUGCACCCCACCUAGAUACUUCCAGAACCUUCUCUGGGUCUGCAGAAUGUGGCACAACCUGCUUGCCCCCGCAGAGAGAAAGCUGCAGUGCACAUGCUGCAGACUGCAGGUGCUGGGCCGCCUCUGGAGUCCCAGAAGGCAAGCUUGGCUGCAGGACAGAAAGGGAGAACAGAUUCUCUCAACCCUGAGCCUUAACAAGCCCUUGUCUAUUUGCCAUUGCCUUCAAAAUAUACCUCCGCUGAAACUAGUAGCUUUCUGAGUCCCGGUGUCCCCUCCACCCUUUCUGGACAGGUUUGGGAAGAAGAAAGCAGUCAGUGCUGGGCCUUAUUGGCGUGUAAAGCCCCUUGCUCUGCCCCCUCUGCUCACUGUGAAGGCUGCUGGAUGCUUCUCUUAGGCGUGGUUUAAGCCUCUGAUUACUAAACCCCUUGCCCCACAAACGUCCAUAUUGACGAGCCUCUUUUUAGUAAUUGCUUCCCCGUAAUUCCUUCAGAGGUUGCUGUACCCUUCGCUGAUGUGCCCUCCGGUAAAAUCUCCAGAUGCCUUCCCACGUAAUGCCCGUUUCAGAUGCUUUAAGCUGAGAGCUUAAACCGCAGGUACCAUGGCUGACGCCUGCCAGGUUUCUGCUGCGCAUAAUCUAUGAUGGGAGGGGCAUAUUUUUUACUUCAUUACUUAUGUAAACUCCUGUUUCAGAAAGCUUUAAUGUGUGUGGGAGUGUUCUGGGUCUACUAGGUCUGUGAGCAUGGGUGUGGGCAUUUGCCAGUGUCCACCGAGUGGGUCCCAUUACGAAAUGUAUGUUUAUGUAGGGCUUUAAUGGCCGAAAAUGGCGAAGAGAUGAAUUGACCACUUGGCCCCAUGUGUAAUUGCCAGGCCCCUUCUGUGCUCAGAUGAGGUGUCCGAGUGAAGGUCAGCCCUUCCCUUCUGUAUUUGGGGCCUAUUUAUGCCACCAGUAAUUUUACAAGAAACCUGAAUAUUUCUCCCCUUUCAGUGCAUUUAACUCUUUAACAUCUUCUCUCUUACCUAUUUGAGCCCCUCUAGCUACAGUCUAUGGCUUAAAUGAAAGGGGAAUUAUAUGAUUAAGAAAAAGUAGGACACGGUUGAGGCAGUUUGCUGACUGAAUACGUGAAGAAGGGCCUGAUGGGCUCCUGUGCACCACCGGCAUCACGGUCCUCAUCGCGAUGCAAGCUUAUGUGAUUCUUGAGGUAACUCUAGCAGAUACUUCCAGAUUUAGAAAUGUAUCAAAGGAAUAAUUGGUGAUACUCUUCUUUCCCCUGCCAGAAACAGGGGAUCUGCCAAAAACAGAUCUGCCAGCCCAGAUCUCCGCUUAAGCGGAAAAGAGAUUGACCUUCUAGCAGAGGCAAAGGUAAACUCCUGUAAGUUACUUCAGUUACCAAACGGAGGGGGGCGGCUUUUGUGAAUGUAUGAGGAGCUUUUGCCAGAGAGAUAUUCGGAGGAGGGGUGUGCCCAUAUGCACACAUACAUUUUCCCACAUAACCAUAUCCAAUGCUAGCAUUUAGAGGAAGGCAUUUAGCCACCAAAAGUCCAUCCAUCUAUGCUGCUUCCACGGAGAAAACAUUUUCUCUUUCCUCCUCUUGAACUUACAUAAUAUCCUCCUCCUGUUCCAACCUUAGAAUGGAGUCUUCUGGGGGCAGCUGCAAAGCGUUCUCCCUAGGACAGAUGGAGCCUCCCUUUCCUCAUCUACUCUGUGGGUGGUUUCAGGGCCCAUGAGUCAACAUGAGGAGUUGUGCUGGUGGUAUGUGUGUUGGAGGCUGGGCUGGCUGAUUCACAGUGACGAGGAUGUCAAUAAUAAUAAUGAGAAUGAUGGUACCUAAUAAAGACUUUUUUUCCCAA